CGAGCGGGACCCCCCCCAGCCCUCCCCCACCCCACCUGCGCGGUUCCCCGGGGCCUUCCCAUCCUGUACCGACCGGGAGGGCGCUUCCCCGCUCCGCUCUCCGCUCCGGCAGCGCUGCCUGAGCCUCCUUCGGGAGCUCCCCUGACGCCCGCCGCCCGAGGACAAAAUGGCGGCGCCGGGACGGGCGGGGGUUGGGAUGAACAGGAUUCGGAUCCACGUUUUGCCCUCCAGCCGGGGCCGCCUCACUCCCCUCCCGAGGCCUCAGGAACCUCUGGCUUGUGCCUUCAGCCACAGGCAGUGCUCCCAACCCCGCCUGGAGGGGCAGGAGUUCUGCAUCAAGCACAUCCUGGAGGACAGGAGUGCCCCCUUCAAGCAGUGCAGUUACAUCUCCACCAAGAAUGGAAGGAGGUGUCCGAACGCUGCGCCCAAGCCAGAGAAGAAGGAUGGGGCCUCGUUCUGCACCGAGCACGCCCGGAGGAACGCGCUGGCGCUCCAGGCACAGAUGAAGAAAUCCAACCCUGGGCCUGUGAGUGAGAAUCUGCUCUGCCAGCUCAGCUCCUAUGCCAGGACAGAGUUGGGGUCCCAGACCCCCGAGAGCACUCGCAGUGAAGCCAGUCGGAUCCUGGAUGAGGACAGCUGGAGUGAUGGUGAGCAGGACCCUAUCACUGUGGAGCAGACGUGGAGAGGGGACCCAGACAGUGAAGCUGACAGCAUUGAUAGUGACCAGGAGGAUCCCUUGAAGCACGCCGGGGUGUACACGGCGGAGGAGGUGGCUUUGAUCAUGCGGGAGAAGCUGAUUCGCCUCCAGUCCCUCUACAUCGAUCAGUUCAAGCGGCUGCAGCACCUCCUGAAGGAGAAAAAGCGUCGGUACCUGCACAGCAGAAAAGGAGAACACGAAGCCAUAGGCAGCAGCCUCCUGACAGGUCCUGAGGGGCUGAUGGCCAAGGAAAGGGAGAACCUGAAGAGGCUGAAGUGCCUGCGGCGGUACCGGCAGCGCUACGGGGUGGAGGCUCUGCUGCACCGGCAGCUACGGGAGCGCAGGAUGUUGGCCACUGAUGGUGCUGCCCAGCAGGCUCACACCACCCGUUCCAGCCAGAGGUGCUUGGCCUUUGUCGACGACGUCCGAUGCUCCAACCAGUCCCUCCCCAUGACCCGCCACUGCCUUGCACACAUCUGCCAGGACACCAACCAGACACUUUUUAAGCCCUGUCAAGGCUCUGAAGAAGUUCCCUGCAACAAACCAGUUCCUGCCAGCCUCUCAGAAGAUCCCUGCUGCCCUCUCCACCUCCGUUUGCCCCCCCAGAUGUAUGUCCCUGAGCAGGUCCUGGCUGUCCCUGAGGAUUUGGAAGCUGCUCCCACUGACCUCUACCUGAGUGCUGCUGAGCUCCAGCCCACUGAGAAUUUACCCCUGGAAUUCAGUGAUGACUUGGACGUGGUGGGGGAUGGGAUGCAGUGUCCCCCCUCCCCUCUGCUCUUUGACCCUUCUGUGGCCCUGGAUCAGUCCCUCAGAGAUGUCACCGAAGCCCCCAUAGACAUCCUGGCCCUGGAGGAGCCCCCCCAGCCCGGGCCCCCCCUCCAACCAGCACCCAAGGACAGGGGCAGCUCCUCCUCCCACCUCUUCUCCCCAACCACUGAGCCUCCAGCACAGCAGGGUCACCUGGUGCUGGCAGCAUCCCGGCCAGGGGGGGACAGACCCCCAGAGGGGUCCCACGUCCCCUCCACCCCCGGAGCAGCAUCCAACGGGAGCCUGGAGCCUGGAGCUGUCAGCUGAGCCCGGGACACCCCCCCCGUGGGUUGUCCUGUGGGAAACGUCACUGGUGACAGCGGUGGGACACGGGGAGACCCCCCCGUGUUUGUGACUGAGCCGGAGCUGCAGCAUUCCUGGAGAAAUGGGGGUGAAAUGUGGAGUGGGGAUCCCCCAGACCCCCCCCCGGGGUGAAGGGGACACGGGACAUGAUGGCCCCGUGGGACACGAUGGCCCCGUGGGACACGAUGGCUCCGUGGGACACGGUGGCUCUGUGGGGGGGAGUUCUGUGCCGUGGGAAGUGUCUGUGCCCACCCCCCCCCUCAGGGAAGGGGGGGAAAGAAUAUGGGGGUGCAAGGUGGAGCCUGAACUGGGUUUGGGGAGGGGGUCCCCUCGUGUGUCACCCCCACAAUAAAGUGAUGCAGGUGGGUGCUG